UGUGGUUGCCCGGGAGACGCCCCGGCGGGGGAGGGGCAGGGCCAUGGCGGAGGCGGCAGGGAGCGGGGAGGCAGGCAUGGGCCGCGCCGGGGGCUCCGGCUCUGGCCGCGGCCGCCCCGUGCUGCCCUCCACGUCCCACAACGGCGGCGGCGGCGAGGAGGCCGAGCAGCAGCGGGUGGAGGACUCCGACGGCGAUGACCGCAAACGUCGGCUCAUCCGGCAUCAGUACCGCGAGCUCAUCAACACCGUGCAGCAAAAUCAUGAAGAUAUGCUGAAUUCAAAAAGCAAUAAAUUGACAGAAGCUCUGGAGGAAGCCAAUAUAUUGUUCAGCGGAGUUUCCCGGGCAAGGGAGGCUGCACUGGAUGCUCAGUUUCUGGUUUUGGCAUCAAACUUAGGAAAGGAGAAAGCAAAUGAGCUGCACUCUGAUAUGACAGCGUUUGAUUCGCCAGCUUUUGCUGAAGACUUGCUAACGUUUAUGGGCCUGAAUCGUAUAGAAGAUAAUGACAGUGAUGAUGAAGGUAGUGCUGGUGGAUAUUUACCUAAUGAUGCCUGGCAUAAACUGGGAGCAGAAGCAGAAACAUACUUCAGAAGAGCUCCUUCUUUUCAUUUCAUGUUAGGAUCUUUCAGUGCUGAUCCGCCUGUACCCAGGCAACGGAUUGAGAGGCAGAAAAGGAAACCGGGGAUAGAAGAAAGAAGGGCGAUGCCUGCCCAGUUGAAAAGGAUGGAGGAGUCUCAUCAGGAAGCCACAGAAAAAGAAGUAGAGAGGAUAUUGGGAUUGUUGCAGACCCAUUUUAACAAUGAUCCUGAAAUACCUAUUUCCUUCUUUGAUUUUGUGAUUGAUCCAGACUCUUUUGCACGUACUGUGGAAAACAUCUUUCACGUGUCCUUCAUUAUAAGGGAUGGCUUUGCAAGAAUAAAGCUGGAUCAAGACAAACUCCCAAUAAUAGAGCCCUCCAAUGACAACGAAGGAAGAGAAAAUGACCAGAAUGCUCAAGUACGGAACCAGGCAAUCAUAUCUCUCAGCCACCAGGAGUGGAAGGAUAUUGUUGAAACAUUUGAAAUUACAGAAUCUAUGAUUGAUCCUUCCAGUCACAACCAAGACAGUGAAAUGGAUCCUGCCUAAUUCUUAUGGUGCCUUAAAGAAAAAUGAAUUUUAAAGUAUUUACUUCAAAUACGUUUUUUAUGUGUAUAUAUUGUAUGAUUAAAUUAAUUUUGAUGAAAACAAUUUAAAUGACAAUUUUUAUAUAAAAAAUAUAUCUUUUUUUUUUAUUUGUGUGUGUCACUUACCGUGAUAGGAGCAGUCAUAAAACAUAGUGUGCUUUCAUCCUAUUGUGAUAUUCUGUAAUAAAGUCCUUUUGU